GGAGAAAGCAGCAGAAGAAGAGGAGAUACAGCAGCAGGAGUCACAAGGCAGGACAAUGAGGAUCUGUGUGAGGGACUGCUGGAGCCGCCUGGGGCAGCUGUUAGCUUAACGACUCUCUGCUUUGAACGACCACCAGAACUCCUUCUGCAUUUAUUUAACAUGCCACAUUCUGACUUGAUUUCUCAGUUCAAACCCUAAAAAGACUCUAAAAGUCUGUUCCUGCAGACCCUGGAGAGCACUGGGUUUGAACCUGAAUGUGUUUCUUCACUGCACAUGCUCAGUCGAAGCCCCCCAGCUAUACUCCAGUUAGUGUGACCUCCGUUCAUGCAGCUCUCCCUCUCCCCCUGAAAGGACAGCUUUGUGACUCUUUCUCUUCCUGUAAACCAAAGUAGCAACAAAAAGCACGGGGAGCGUUCUGUAGAGAAAAGAGGAAACUUUGUUGUGCUGUCACUGCGGCGGCUCGUAGACUCUGCACUUUGUCUGAAAACAACAAACUUUGAGCAGAAGUUUAUAAAGUGUGUUUUUGAACCUUUAACGGGAGUUUGUUCAGAAGAGGCUCAUGGUGAUGUUUAGUGAGACUCUCCGCAGGUCGUCUUCAGCCGCUCUCUCUCUCUCUCAUCGUGACAUGAAGGAUCGUCAGUUCUCAGAGAAAGAAAAUGAGUUUCGGGGCGAGCUGGUGAACCAGCGGUGGACACGAGGCGAGAGGACCAGCAGCCGCUGUCAGGCCUCCCAGAGACUGCAGAGCCGUCGACCAAUCAUGACGAGCGUGGAGGGUGACGACAAGCGAACUCGCACGCGGUCCAAAGGAAUCAGAGUUCCUGUUGAGCUCGUAGGACAGGAGCUGAGCUGCCCCACCCCUGGAUGCAAUGGCUCCGGCCAUAUCAGUGGGAGAUACUCACGACACAGAAGCGUUCUGGGCUGCCCCAUAGCCAGGAAGCGCCGUCUAGAGGAAGCCGAGGCAGAGCAGGAUCAGGAGGAGCAGGACGCAGAGCAGCCCGCCGCCAAGAGGAAGUCCAACGCCCUGAAACUGGCGCUGGAUGAGGGCUUCAGCGCAGAGAGCGACGCCAGCAGCGAGGCUGAGGGCGAGGGAGAGAAAGAUGGAGAGAAGAGCCGGGAGAGUAAGGAAGGAGGAGAGGAGGAGAAAGAGGAGGUGGCACAAGAUGAACAGACAAACGGACAUGAGGAGGAGGAGUCACAGCAGGAGGAGGAGACUGAUCAGAAGGAGGAGGACAGAGCUGAUGAAGAAGAAGAGUGUGUCAUCAUCGAGCCUGAGCACGCAGCGGCGCCCCCUGCAGACGAGUGUCCGUCUCCCUCUCAGAGUGCCGAAGAGGUGGCCAACUCUCUCCUCCACCUCGGCCGAGUCCCCGACAACAAUGAGCCGAGUGUGGCCCUUCUGCAGCCGGUUGCUAUGGAGACUGAGGAGGAUAUCGUUGUGGCAGCCGCACGGGGUGAAGAAGUAAAGGAGGAGAAGGAGGAAGAGGAGGAGGAGGAGGCAAACAGAGUUCAAGUAUCAGAGUCACCUGUUGGACAGAAGGAGGCAGCUGAGGAGGAGGAGGAGGAAGAAGGAAAGGAGAUGAGCCAGGAGAACCAGCAGUACCUGUCUGACCAGAUCAGAGAUGACAGAGAGGAGGAGCAGGAGCAGCAGGAGGAGGAGGAGGAGGCAGCUCCAGCACAUCAGAGACUGAGCACUCCUGAAGAGAAGGAGGAGCAGGUGGAGCAGGAGCAGGAAGAGGAGCAGGAGGAGGAGGAGGAGGAGGAGGAGGAGCACCACAGUCUGCCCGAUGUGCCAACUGCCGUCCGCACUAUUACCAGCACCGCCGCCGCUCAGGGAACACACACCUUUAACCACACAGCCAGUCCCCUACAGGACUACAACUCCCACAUGGCCAGUCUCCCAGAAAACUACAACUCCCACCGGGCCAGUCCACUCCACAAAUUGGACUCCCACAAACCUCUUCAGAACUACAAGUCCAGUCCUCCCCUCAUCUUCAGGGCCGGUCCGCUUGAGGACUACUUCCCCAACCUCCGAGGAGAGAACUUUCACCUCCACACAGCGGCACCCUCCGCCUCCCCCGACAUCAUCGAGGUGAGGUCAGACCGCUCCGACGAGAAGGACUUCGACGAUGUGGACGGGGACGACGAGCGUGACGACGAGGACAGCCUAUCGCAGCGUUCCACGGUGACGGACGAGUCAGAAAUGUUCGACAUCACGAGGGGGAACCUGGGUCUGCUGGAGCAGGCCAUCGCCCUGAAGGCGGAGCAGGUGAAGCCGGCCGGGCCCCGAGAGCUGCUGUGCGGCCCUGACCUCCACCACCAGAGAUACUUCACCAUGGACGACAGGCCCAAACACCUGGACAUCCUGCGCAAGAGCUACUUCAGCAAAGAGAGCAGCAGGCCAGAGAAGAGGGAGAUCAAGUGUCCCACCCCGGGUUGUGAUGGGACGGGUCAUGUGACCGGUCUGUACCCCCACCACCGCAGCCUGUCAGGCUGUCCGCACAAGGACAGGAUCCCCCCCGAGAUUCUCGCCAUGCAUGAGAACGUGCUGAAGUGUCCGACUCCCGGCUGCACCGGUCAGGGCCAUGUUAACAGCAACCGCAACACACACCGCAGUCUCUCUGGAUGUCCCAUCGCUGCUGCAGAGAAACUGUCCAAGGGCCACGAUAAGCAGCUUCUGUGUCAGCCGGGCGGCGAGCUGCUCAAAGGAAGCCCCAACGACAGAGUGCUCAGGCCCAUGUGUUUUGUAAAGCAGCUGGAGGUUCCUCCGUUCGGCAGCUACAGGCCCAACAUGGCCCCCACCACGCCUCGAGCUAACCUGGCCAAGGAGCUGGAGAAGUACUCCAAGGUGUCCUUCGAUUAUGCAAGCUUCGAUGCUCAAGUGUUUGGGAAGCGCAUGCUCGCUCCAAAGAUGGCCACCAGCGAAACGUCACCCAAAGCCUUCAAAACUAAGCCCUCUUUCCCCAAGUCCUCGUCGCCCAGCCUUGUUCUCCACGGUUACGGGAAGAGCUCCUCCUUGGCCUACGAUUACUCCCACGAUGCCGAGGCCGCCCACAUGGCCGCCACCGCCAUCCUGAACCUGUCCACUCGCUGCUGGGAGAAACCGGAGAACCUCAGCACCAAACCACACAACAAGGAGAUGGACAUCGAGGUGGACGAGAACGGCACUCUGGACCUGAGCAUGAAGAAGCCCAUUAAACAUGAGGGCAGUCUGUCCGGCACCAGCCCCGGGGUCCGCUCCCCCGACCCCUCCUCCUCCUCUUCCUCCCUCCAUCACGGCAGCGGGAUGACAUCACCAAACCUUCUCGCCUACAAGCAGGAGGAGUGGGAGGGGCCUCUGGAUUACACCAAACCUAACCGCCAGAGGGAGGAGGAAAUGGACGAGAUGGAGCACACAGGUCACUCAUACGUGUCCUCCGACCCCGAGGACUGCGACAUGAUGCAGGACUGUAUGGAGGACAGGAAGUACCCGGGAGAGGUCACCACCCCGAGCUUCAAGGUCAAAUUUCAACCCAAGGACGCCAAGAAAGAGCUGCUCUCGUGUCCCACGCCUGGCUGUGACGGCAGUGGUCACAUCACUGGAAACUACGCCUCUCAUCGCAGUCUGUCUGGGUGUCCUCUCGCUGAUAAGAGCCUUCGGUCCCUCAUGGCGGCCCACACGCCUGAACUCAAAUGUCCGACUCCAGGAUGUGACGGCUCGGGACACAUCACAGGAAACUACACCUCGCACAGAAGUCUCUCUGGGUGCCCGCGUGCCAAGAAAAGUGGAAUUAAAACUCCUACCAAGGACAACCAGGAGGACUCGGAGCUUUUAAAAUGUCCGGUCCCCGGCUGUGACAGUCUGGGUCAUAUCAGUGGGAAGUACGCCACACACCGCAGCGCCUAUGGGUGCCCGCUGGCGGCCCGCAGACAGAAGGAGGGUCUCCUGAACGGGACCCCCUUCAACUGGAAGGCCUUUAAGACAGAGGGACCCACCUGCCCCACCCCCGGCUGUGACGGCUCUGGACACGCUAACGGGAGCUUCCUCACACACCGCAGCCUCUCAGGAUGUCCUCGAGCUUUGUUCGCCAAGAAGAAAGCCAAGUUCCCCUCCGAGGAUUACCUGAGCACCAAGUUCAGAGCCAGUGAUGUCCUGGACAACGACGAGGACAUCAAGCAGCUCAACAGAGAGAUCAACGACCUCAACGAGUCCAACAACGAGAUGGAGGCUGACAUGGUCAACCUGCAGACACAGAUCUCCUCAAUGGAGAAGAACCUGAAGAGCAUCGAGCACGAGAACAAGAUGAUCGAGGAGCAGAACGAGGCUCUGUUCAUGGAGCUGUCGGGUCUGAGCCGUGCCCUGAUCCGAAGCCUGGCCAACAUCCGCCUGCCGCACAUGCAGGAGCCAAUCACAGAGCAGAACUUCGACCGCUACGUGAGCACGCUGACCAACAUGUACACCAACAAGGACUGUAUCCAGAGCCCGGAGAACAAGGCUCUGCUGGAGAGCAUCAACAAGGCUGUGAAGGGCAUCAAAGUCUGACGCGCUGCACACACACACACACACACACACACACACACACACACACACACAUGCAAACACACACACACACACACACACACUCACACACACACAAACACACACACACACACACACACGGGGGAGAAGGCUCACUGUCCUGAAGCGCCGCAGCGUGACGGAGCGGAGGAGAGAUGUUGAAAUACUCGACGAUGUUUUGAAAUAUGAUUCAAAAACAAAAAAGGGAAUUCAGGUUAUUUAAAUAAACGGCAACUUUAAAGAAAUUAUCCCAGGGAGAACGGACCAAAACACUCGCCAUGACGAGGAGGAGGAGGAGGGCGAGGAGGAGGAGGAGGAGGAGACAAGGAGGAGACGAGGAGACGAGGAGGAGACGAGGAGGAGAGGAGUAGGAGACAAGGAGGGGAGGAGGAGGAGACGAGGAGGAAGCAUCCUACAGAAUAAACGGAUCAGAAGAAGAAGAAGGAUGUAAACUGCUGUGUUUAUCGUCUCUUUGUGUCCUGAACUGUUUGUGGAGAAACCUGGAGGAGCGCUGAUGCUCGGCGUGAUGAAGACGAGGACACACACCUCUCUACUUCAUCACCACACACACACGCAGUUUGGUGUGUGUGUGUGGUGUUCCUGCAGCACAGAUGUCAACAGAGAGAUGUUGACAGUGUUGAAAGAGACGAUCCAGGAUCAGUGUUUAUUUCUAUGAUGAUUGAAAAUAAGCCCCGCCCCCUGCUCUUUGAUGUUUUGACUGACAUGAUGCUAGUGGUAGUGUGAAGCGUUUCCGUUAGUCAUAUGGAUAGUAUUUAUGGACGUAGGCCUUGCACUUGAUUUGAUGAUUGUUAUAUAUGAAUUAUUUAAACAUGUGAACUUUUAAAUUAUGACGUUUAUUUAUUUGAAUCUAUUUAUUCUGUUUGUUUUUGAAACACACGGUCAGCGUGUGGCGCCCUGCAGACGUUCAUAUCUGCAGAAUGAUAUGAAGACAUUUUGUUUUUUUACAAACCUUUUUCAUUACAGAUGUUUUAUAACGGAGAGAAUCUUUUGAUAAUAUGACCAACCACUUCUUCUGGGUUGUUUUUCUUUGUUGCAGUCGGACGUGGCGCCGAGAAGAGAAAUGUAUUUAUUAUUUAUUGAAUAUGAAGAGAUGGCGUGAUACCACUGUCUAUUUAUUUUGUUAUUUAUGUGAGUAGUCCUGAAGAUCCACUGCUAAUAAAGAAACCAACCAACACACACAUGUUUGAUUCCUGUAGGCCAGGAGACCAAUCAGCAGCUGAGCACACAGGAAGUGAGCGAGCGAGCUGCUCUCUCUCUCUUUGUCACAAACUCAACACAAACACUUCUACGUUACCUCUCCCGAGCGCUUUGUAGCGGCCAGCUCUGGCUCUCACACACACAUACACAUACACACACACACACACACACACACACACACACACACACACACACACACACACACACACACACACACACA